AUGGAAGGUCAUGGAAAUACUAAACUAAAUCCGGUAAACGAUCAUGAUAAUGAAAGUAGUGUAGAUGCUUCCCAAAUAAGCAAUCAGCAAAAAACUAUUCCGAAUACUCCUUUAUCGGCAGAAGAUCUUGACGAUUCUGAUGAAACUGAGCUUACUAAAAAUCAAAAUAUAGAACUAGAUUUAAUCUGA